UCCCAGAGCCCGGCCGGCCGAGCGCGGCGGGAGCAGGUGGAGGGCUGGCGGCAGCGAGGCUGCCGGGGCUCGGCCUCCGUGGCCUGAGCACCAGCUCCCAUCUCUCCCCUCCUCGCCUGCCCCCGAUGCCUACCAGACUUGUGCCUUGGCCGGGGCCCCCGCGGAACCAGCCUCCCCUCCCUGUCUGACUGGGCUUUGGGGGCUGAGCUGUCUGGGGUCCCAGGGCCAAUGCAGUGCCGCCUCCUCCGGGGCCUGGCCGGAGCCCUCCUCACCCUUCUGUGCAUGGGGCUCCUCUCCUUACGGUACCACUCGAGCCUGUCCCCACAGGGUGUGCGGGAGACCCCCGGGCUGAGCCCGCCAAGCCCUCUGUCCCCCAAGCUGCGGCUGCACGAUGUCUUCAUUGCAGUCAAGACGACCCGAGCCUUCCACCGCUCCCGCCUGGAGCUGCUGCUGGACACGUGGGUCUCCAGGACCAGGGAACAGACGUUUGUCUUCACCGACAGCCCAGAGGAAGCCCUCCAGGAGAGACUGGGGUCCCACCUCGUGGUCACCAACUGUUCUGCUGAGCACAGCCACCCUGCCCUGUCCUGCAAGAUGGCUGCUGAGUUUGACACCUUCUUGGCCAGUGGGCUGCGGUGGUUCUGCCACGUGGAUGACGACAACUAUGUGAACCCAAGGGCACUGCUGAAGCUGCUGAAAGCCUUUCCUCAGACUCAAGACGUCUACGUAGGCCGGCCCAGCCUGAACCGGCCUAUCCGCGCUUCUGAGCCAAGGCCCCACAACCGCACGAGGCUGGUACAGUUCUGGUUUGCCACGGGGGGUGCUGGUUUCUGCAUCAACCGCCAACUGGCUUUGAAGAUGGCCCCGUGGGCCAGUGGCUCCCGCUUCGUGGAAACGUCCGCCCUCAUCCGGUUGCCUGACGACUGCACUGUGGGUUACAUCGUCGAGUGCAAGCUAGGCGGCCGCCUGCAGCCCAGCCCCCUCUUCCACUCCCACCUGGAGACCCUGCAGCUGCUGGGGGCUGCCCAGCUCCCAGAGCAGGUCACCCUCAGCUAUGGCGUCUUUGAGGGGAAGCUCAAUGUCAUUAAGCUACAAGGCCCCUUCUCCCCUGAGGAGGACCCAUCCAGGUUCCGUUCCCUCCAUUGUCUCCUCUACCCAGAUACUCCUUGGUGCCCACAGCUGAUGGCCAGAUGAACCCUGAACUGCUGGGCCAAGUUGGGGCUGAGGCUUCUGGUUGUCCUUGGGCUCCCCAGGAGGCCCUGGGGACUUGUGGCAAGCGCCCUUUGGUAGGGAGUCCUUGGCAGGGCCUCUUGAGUGGUGGGUCAGCCCAGGAUUGGAUGGUGGCUGGCGGUGAAAGCGUCCUAGGCCCCUGGGAGUGGGUUUUGGACAGCCCAGAGAACAGGUGCCCCAGGGGAGGGCCAGAGAGGCCCCAGGGGCUGGGCUUCUAUGGGCCUUGGGUGGCUGAAUUGAAUAAGCCUAGGGGGGCCUUCGGGUGGGGUCUGGACUCCACCCCCAGGUCUGGUCUCUGUCAUUCCCCUAGGGUCAAGCACUGGGCCACCCACUCCUGGCUCCCUUGGCUGGAUCCCCAACCGCUGAGGGGACCCAGGUGGAAUAAGGGCAGAGCCCGGGGUCUGUGGCAGGGACCGUCAUUGCUGACCAGUGUCCAGCUCCUUGCUCCGACCCCUUGCUAACAGAUCCCAUUUUGUUUGGGGUGGCAGCUUGCCCAGACCCAGAUGGUGGAUCAUGUUGGAUUCCAGCCCAUCACGACGAUCCUUUGCUCACUUUCCUAGCCUCCCUUGCUCAGCCUGUCAGUGUGACUUAAACAGACCAAUAGUGAGGCUUCUGGGGAAGAUUUUGCAGCCCCAUACCCCAUCUUCAUGCUGCGGACGUGGGUGUGAUGUCUGGAUCAGGGGCGGUUGCCUUGUGAUCAUGAAGGAAAGGCCAUGACAAUCACAUACAUAUGUCCCUUUUGGCAUCUGGUUCUGUAAGAAAAUUAAACCCUGACUUGUUUCAACCUC